AUGGUUCCCGUGAAGGUGAAAGCCAAGGGUCAAACAGUUUAUCACUACACUCAUGCUUUGCUCGAUUCAGGAAGUACCAAGACCUGUUGCUCCGAGGCUUUGAUUGAGAAACUUGGGGUGAAAGGCCAGCAGGCGAAUCUUUCUCUAACUACCGUAAACAGUAGAGAAAAUGUCGAUGUGGAAGUGGUGGCUUUAGAAGUAGUUGCGGCUAAAAGUGGGAUGGGGAAAACCAGUGUUAUCCAACUGCCAAAGGUGUACGCCCUGCCCAAUUUACCUACCUUGAAGAGUUGUAUAGCCUCAGCAAGUGACGCCAUUAAGUGGCCUCAUCUCAGAGAUCUUCGCCUUCCUCGAGUUGACAAGUCAGGCGUUUCUAUUUUAAUAGGCCAGGAUGUUCCUGAAGCUCUUUGGCCUCUGGAACUGCGAGAGGGGGAAGAAGGACAGCCUUACGUCAUCAGGUCUCGCCUGGGGUGGUCCCUUAGUGGUCCCUUGGUUUCUGAACACUUGAUUGAAGAGUCUGCCCUUUGUAAUCUUACUCGUGCUGACGAGAAUCUGGAUACGCAAGUAGAGCAAUUUUGGAAGAUUGAAACAAAUGAAGCCUUAGCAAACAGUCUUCCACAGUUUUCAGUCAAUAUAUGGGAACAGUCGGUGGAGAGGCUUCAGUCGUUGGCGCAUCGGUUCCAGAAAGACCCCGAGUUACACGCUAGGUACAAGGGUAGAAUUCAGGAGCUUCUUGAUAAGGGUUAUGCAGAGAAAGUGCUUGACGAGGAACUAGGUGCGACACCUGUGCGGACUUGGUAUCUUCCCCACCACAAUGUUGUCGAUGAAAACAAACCUGAGAAAUUGCGAAUUCCAUUUGACUGUGCAGCGACCUUUGGUGGCACGUCGCUGAACAAAGAAGUUUCGCAAGGCCCUGAAGUUACAAACAACCUCGUAGGGGUCUUACUACGCUUUAGGGAAGGGCAAGUAGCUGUAAUGGGAGCUAUCGAAGGAAUGUUUCAUCAGUCUGUUGGUACUACUGAGGAGGCCAUUAACAUUGUACACACCUUAUGCAAGUUGCUUGCGCUUGUGGGCUUUCGACUGACAAAGUGGGUCAGUAAUGACCGAAGGGUACUGGAGGCUAUCCCUGAAGAAGAGAGAGCGAAGGGAAUCAAGAACCUGGAUCUCGACCGCGGUUCUCUGCCUGUUGAGAGGGCUUUAGGCAUUCACUGGAACAUUGACACUGAUCAAUUUGGCAUUUAG